UCUAAGGUUGUUUGAAAGAUGGGAAAUGAAGGGUACGUUCCUUUGUUCGAGACAAAGAAAGCACAGGGGAUAGCCCUUUACAGACAUUUUGCAGCCUCUGUGUUUGUGGGAAUAUGCUUUAUCUGGGCUUAUAGAGUGAAUCAUAUACCAAGAAAUGGAGAAGAUGGGAGGUGGGUUUGGAUUGGUUUGUUUGCAGCUGAGGUUUGGUUUGGUUUUUACUGGCUACUCACUCAAGCCCUCCGCUGGAACCCCAUUUACAGACAUACUUUCAAGGACAGGCUCUCUCGAAGAUAUGAAAAUGAGUUGCCUGGAGUUGAUAUUUUCGUGUGCACAGCAGAUCCUCUGAUAGAGCCACCAAUGAUGGUUAUUAACACUGUUUUAUCAGUCAUGGCCUAUGACUACCCGAAGGAAAAGCUUAGUGUGUAUCUAUCUGAUGAUGCUGGUUCAUAUCUUACCUUCUAUGCUCUCUUGGAGGCCUCUCAGUUUGCUAAACACUGGAUACCAUUCUGCAAAAAGUUCAAUGUGGAACCAAGAUCUCCGGCUGCUUAUUUCAAGUCAGUUUCUGGCUCACAUGACUCCAAAGAGGUUAAAGAAUUAGCAACUGUUAAGAAAUUAUACAAAGACAUGGAGAAUCGAAUCGAGGCUGCAGCCAAGCCAGGUUGUCUCUCUGAAGAACUACGUUCGAAACAUGAGGGAUUCUCUCGAUGGGAUUCAUAUGUUUCACAACGUGAUCAUGACACUAUGCUUCAAAUAUUGAUUAAUGGGAAAGAUCCAAUUGCCACAGAUGUGGAAGGAUGUAGGCUACCAACUUUGGUGUACUUGGCUCGUCAGAAGAGACCCCAACAUUUCCAUAACUUCAAAGCUGGAGCUAUGAAUGCAUUGAUAAGGAUAUCAUCCAAAAUCAGCAACGGGCAGAUCAUUCUGAAUGUAGACUGUGAUAUGUACUCAAAUAACUCACAUUCGGUGCGAGAUGCUCUUUGCUUCUUCAUGGAUGAGAAAAAAGGCCCUGAGAUUGCUUAUGUGCAGUUUCCCCAGAACUUUGAUAAUAUUACCAAGAAUGAAGUAUACAGUAAUUCAAUGAGAGUGAUUAAUGAGGUGGAAUUCCAUGGUCUGGAUGGAUAUGGAGGCCCUCUCUAUAUUGGAACGGGCUGCUUUCACAGAAGAGAUACUCUGUGUGGGAGGAAGUUCAGUCAGGGAUCUAAGAAUGAAUUUAAGAUAGAAAAAAAUGCAGAAAGAGAAGAAACCAUUCAUGAAUUGGAAGAAAAUUCAAAGGACCUUGCAAACUGUACUUAUGAAGAAAAUACUGACUGGGGAAAGGAGAUGGGAUUGAAAUAUGGGUGUCCAGUUGAAGAUGUGAUCACUGGUUUAUCAAUUCAAUCCCGGGGAUGGAAAUCAGUGUAUUACAAUCCGGCAAGGAAGGCCUUUUUAGGAGUUGCAACAACCACACUUGGUCAAACACUAGUGCAGCACAAGAGAUGGUCUGAAGGUGACUUUCAGAUUUUGCUUUCAAAGUACAGUCCUGCCUGGUAUGCCAAAGGAAAGAUUAGCUUAGGCCUCCAACUGGGAUAUUGCUGUUACUGCUUCUGGGCUUCUAAUUCCCUGCCAGUGCUCUAUUACUCUAUUGUUCCUUCCCUUUCUCUUCUAAGAGGGAUAUCUUUGUUUCCACAGUUGUCAACUCCAUGGUUUAUUCCAUUUGCAUAUGUGAUAUUCUCCACAUAUACCUACAGCCUAGCUGAGUUUCUGUGGAGUGGUGGCACAGUCCUUGGUUGGUGGAAUGAUCAAAGAAUAUGGCUUUACAAAAGAACAAGCUCAUACCUCUUUGCCUUUACCGACACCAUUGCGAAUUCACUUGGAUAUUCUGCAGAUUCAGGAUUUGUAAUCACAGCCAAAGUUUCUGAACAUGAUGUCCACAACCGAUACUUGAAAGAGAUCAUGGAGUUUGGAGCAUCCUCUCCCAUGUUCACUGUACUGGCAACAAGUGGUUUGGUGAACCUACUUUGCUUGGCUGGACUGCUGAAGAAACUGUUCAUCGCUGAGGACAUAUCUAAUCUCUACCAGAUGAUGGUUUUGCAAAUCCUUCUUUGCAGCCUUCUGGUUCUCAUCAACUGGCCUUUGUACCAAGGCCUUUUCUUGAGGAAGGACAACGGCAAGAUACCAAGCUCUUUAGCAAUCAAAUCUAUAGUAUAUGCACUCCUCGUACCUGCUUUAUGUUCUUGUAUUAAUUUUGUAUUGUAUUUCUUUUCUGAUUUUGUUUUACUGUGUAACUUGAUCCCUUGA